GCCACCCUUCUCUGAAACAACAAACAACCCCACUGCUUCCAAGACACAUGGCGGGGGCCGCGGUGCCCGUCCCGGUGUCGAGACAUGCCGCGGUGGUAGUCGUGCUCGUGCUCGCCGCGGCGCACGGUGCUCUCUGCGGCUCGAGCCACGUCGAGCUCGCCGCCGGUGUCGUCGCGCGCGGCGGCAAUGCGCCGUCCUUGCGGGCGCCCCGCGGGAACGUCACGGGCGCGGAUGGUGCCCUGGCGCCGGCGCCGUCGGGGUCGCUGGCAGGGUGCGGGUGCGGGCCGAGGCCGGCGCCGUGGCAGUUCCUGAACCAGAAGCUGGAGGCGCUGUGGCCGGUGAUCCAGGCGUUCAAGAAGACGAUCACGUGCGACCCGCUGGGCGUGACGGCGACGUGGGAGGGCCCCGACCUCUGCAGCAGCUACUUCAACGGCACCAAGUACAAGGGCUUCUACUGCGACUUCCCGCCGAGCGCGAACACCACGCUCACCGUGGCGUCCAUCGACUUCAACGGCUUCGGCCUGUGCGCGCCGUCGCUGGCCGGGUUCGUCGACCAGUUCCCGGAUCUGGCCCUGUUCCACGCCAACUCCAACAACUUCUCCGGCGACGUCCCGGACCUCACCCACCUGCCCUUCUUCUACGAGCUCGACCUCUCCAACAACAACUUCUCCGGCCCGUUCCCGGAUGCCGUGGUGCCCCUCGGCGGGCUCCUCUUCCUCGACCUCCGCUUCAACCGGUACGCCGGCGCGGUGCCGCCGCCGGUGUUCGCGCUCACCGUGGAGGCGCUGUUCCUCAACAACAACGGCUUCAACGGGCGCAUCCCGGACAGCUUCGGGAGCACAGGCGCCAAGUACCUGGUCGUGGCCAACAACCAGUUCACCGGCCCGAUCCCGCGGUCCAUCUACAACACCUCGGCGACGCUGUCGGAGGUGCUGUUCCUCAACAACCGGCUGUCGGGGUGCCUCCCCUACGAGAUCGGGCUGGUGGAGGGGCUGGCCGUGUUCGACGCCGGCGGCAACGAGAUCGCCGGCCCCAUCCCGCUGUCGUUCGGGUGCCUGCGCGACGUGGAGGAGCUGAACCUCGCCGGGAACCAACUGUACGGGCAGGUCCCCGACGUAGUGUGCCUGCUGGCCAAGACGGGGAAGCUCCGGAACCUGUCGCUGUCGGACAACUUCUUCCACUCGGUGGGGCACCACUGCAUGGAGCUGGUGCGCAGCCGGGUCCUGGACGUGCGCCGCAACUGCAUCCUGGGGUUCCCCGACCAGCGGCCGCCGCUCGAGUGCGCCGCCUUCUACGCCGACCCGUCCAAGCACUGCCCCUUCAUCCCGCACAUCCCCUGCGACCUGCCCGGCUACCACCAUCCGCCUGCCAAGGCCGCGCUGCCGGCGGCGGCGGCGCAUGGCCAUGGCCAUUCCCAACCCCAAGGCCAAGGUGGUGGGAACUGAUGGGUUCGAUUUGUCAGCACCGCUUUGCCGCUGUCAUGAUUAGAUUGCGUCGUGCGUGCGCCGCGCAGGGGAGAAAUAAGGCCACCGUUCUUCA